AACCUUUCAUUUUGUUUGUCCUCAGUGGAUUGUUACCAAACCACCCCAUCUCCUACUCGAUCUAUAUAUAGCCAAAGUGGCUUCCACCAAUUCAUAAACCAUAUCAUUUAUCCCCCAUUCUUCCCACAAUCUGCAAAGCCAUGGGUGUCACCAGCUUCAAACAAGAGUUCGCAUGCCCAGUUGCCCCAGCAAGAAUGUUCAAGGCAUUGAUCUUAGAAUCUUCCACCUUGAUCCCAAAACUGGUACCUCAAUUCAUAAAAAGCGUCGAUCUAAUUCAAGGAGAUGGUGGAGCGGGAAGCAUCGAACAAGUCAACUUCACUGAAGCUAGCCACUUUAAAUAUGUGAAGCACCGGAUUGAUGAGCUUGACAAGGAGAAUUUUGUGUGCAAAUACACUCUGAUUGAGGGGGACCCCUUGGGUGACAAGCUUGAAUGUAUUGCUUAUGAGGUUAAGUUUGAGGCUGCUAGUGAUGGAGGUUGCAUCUGCAAGAUAACAAGCAAUUACAACACCAUCGGCGACGUUGAAAUCAAAGAAGAAGAAAUUAAGGCAGGCAAGGACAGUGCUAUUGGGGUCUACAAAGUUGUGGAAGCCUACCUCUUGGAGAACCCUCAAAUCUACGCCUAGUUUGACUAUCGUUGAAAUUGAUCAAAAAUGGCAUCUUAAUUUCGUAAAAAAUGCAGCGAAUUAAAAAUUGCCAAAAUUGAUCAAAUGCAGCGAUUAUUGGGGGUAUUUGCGUUGAUUUUGAGCACUGCAAAACCCUUUUUUUCUUGUAGUGCGUGAUAUGAAAUAUUUGUUUGUUGUUUAUUAUAUGACCCUUUAAUUCAUUGAGAAAAAAGGGUAUGCAUACAAAAGAGAUUUGAUGAGACAGAAAGUGAUUUUCGUAAAGAAAAAUAAUACUACAGAUUAUAAAGUU